UACUGCCUCAAUUAACGAUGCCUAAGAACAAAUAAGCAAGUUAUCGGUUGAAUGAAUGUGAAAUAAUUGGUACCGUGAAGAAAAAUGAAAAUUACGUUAACGUUAACGAAUUCGUCAAUGUAUUGAGCGAAACGUCUAUCCCCAGAUGCAGUAGCACUGCUAUUACAAUCUGCACGAAAAUAAGAAGGUACGACUACUUCGCUUCUAUAAAUAUUAACCGCCAACCUGAGUUUGAGUGUAUCAAAUGUUCGAUCAGCCGAAAACUAAAAACGAAGAUUUGUUGUUCGAGUAAAUUACAACUGAGAAAUAUCGGACGUUAAAUAUCUGACGAGAUGAAGCUAUUUGCACGUCCUAAAUGCUUUUCCGAGAUUAUAGCACCGGUGACAACUGUCAACUGUAUAGUGGGACUUCGCGCUUUCGAAUAUCCUCGUGGCAAUACGAGACCUAUACUCAGUCUGAUUUAUCUCGCGUUUAUUUACAUCACAUUUUGUUGUGGCAUAUUACGCAUGUACCAAAGAUACUAUGCGGGCCUUAAACUGAUGAAACUGGAAUAUGCUUUAAUGAAAUUAUUGAUGUAUAUCCUUCUAGUAUCUGUGAUAUUGAAAAUGCUACUAGGUUGGUGGCACACAAAGAAAUUUAAAGUUUGUCUCAAGAAGAUCUUUGAGAUCGAUGAAACGUUGCAACAGCUCGGACUGACGGUGAAUUAUGACAGAUUAUACUUCGUUAUGAUUGGAAUCAUAACUGUUUUGAUAACGUUUGUUUUCGUUGUGUGGACAAUGAUGUUCAUUCACUUGACCAUAAGCACGGAUGUAUUUACUUCAAUUUAUCUUCUACUCAUAUACACGUAUUCGUUCAUCGUCAACUCUAUUAAUAUAUUCGAAUUCUUCAUAUUUGCGAAAUGCUCACAAAUAAAAUUUAAAUUGGUCAACCAACUUUUGCUCGAGAGCUUAACAGAUUUAUCCAAGAAAGAUAAGAAAUUAGGCAUUUUUGACAUGAAGGAUUAUGAGAGUAUCAUAGAUGUCGAGCAACAAAAGCAAGUUUCUUCCACAAAGAUGAUAUUCCGAAGGCGUCAGCGGGUGCAAACCGGAAUUAAUUUUUCUAUAUUGAAGAAGCGAGAUCCGGCCGUAUUUCAAACUGAAUCUCACUUUCCAUCUCAUAUCACAAAUCAUUUUCAAAGCGUACUCCAGAAUCCACCUCGAAGACACAAUACCACAACAACAAAAUGUGAGAAACCUAAACAUCUUUUACAAGUAAUCAGGUACACCUGA